CACAAAAUAAUGAUUUUAUUACACACGGUGAAGCAUUCUUUAGGUAAAACGUUUACUAACAGAAAUUGCGUAUUUCAAUACCAAACAAACCUGGUUGUUUUCAUAAGUUAAUAUAUAAAGGAUUAGUGACAAUAAAACAUACCGCAUGAAACUGUUUCAUGGAACUUACUUAUAAGCAUGGUCGAAGAAACAGAACAGUCACCGACGUCUCCAACUUUUACCGAUGGUGUGGAAUUAAACAAGAGUAACGGGAUGUCAAGAGUAUUCGUGCAUCAACUGAACAUGAGCUCAGCAGAUAUUUUACGCCGCCAGAGGGAAAGCGAGAUGGUCGGAGAAGAAACGGCGCGACUGAAAAUGGUUAAACACCUUCAACGACGUCAGAAAGAAGAGGAAAAACGACGGGACAUGGAAAUGUUGCAAAGUUAUAACCCAUGGAAUAAACCUGGGGCUGGAGCACCAAUGCAAAAUUCAAAAAGAACCAAAAUCGUAGAAGAGCAUAUGGGCAGCAACGACCAACCAAAUGAUGAUAUUUUAGGGAACACCUUAACUGGGUUUGGUAGGCCUGGAGCCGGUGCUCCUCUUCGUACUAAAUCUGGCCGUACAAAGACUCAGAUAUCCGGAGAUCCGGAUAUCAGGUUUCAGGAUGCCCAACAUGUUCGUCUCAGCAUUGAAAAUCAGCUUCGAUACAAAAAUUCAGACAGAGACAAUGUUGAUAACACACAAGAAAAAAAGAUAGAACAACAAUUGGCAAGUAACAAGCAACAAAUGGAGUCAGAAGAAUCGAAAUACGAGCCAUGGGGUAAAGGUUGUGGAAAUCCUGAGCGAGACGAAGUGGGAAAUGUCCGUAGAUACAAGUUUUCAACUUCCGUUCAACACGGUGUUCUUGAACCUUCAAGUCCUUCAGAAGAUACAGGGAUAGCUCUUCCUCUGAGUAACCGUGGUGGUAAUGGUGCACCUCAAAUGACGCUUAGUGGUAACCCUAAAACUCGUCUGCGGAAUACAUUAGAGGUUUCAGAAAUUUCCGGGCACUUUGCUGGAAACAAUGCAGCGUCACCUAUCGAAGGAGAAGAAGAUUACAAUCCUUGGGGAAAACCAGGAGCUGGAGCUCCUUUAAAGGAUAAUAGAGCAGUCGGGAUGGAUUUCAUGGAGAAGAUGGGAUGGUCGAUGUCUGGAAAUCCGAAAAGGAGGAGCCAAGAAUCAAAACAAAACUAUCUUCAUGACUUACUUCAAAAAACGGAAGAGAAGAAGAACCGGGAUAAAAUGGAAAAACAACAUCUAAUUGAUGAUGGGAUGGAAGUGGUAUCUUGGAUUCGAGAAAAGUCCGUUGGUCGUCCGAGAAAAGACCCGGUAACUGGCGAAUUACUUAACCAUUCUAGAGGUGUCUCUGACGUCACCGCUGCAAAACUAGAUAUCAGACGACUUAAGUCCGAUCAAAGUGAAGAGUACCAUAAUUACUUAACUCAACAGGCAGAAGCUCGUCGACGUCAGCGACAGGAACAAAAGGAACGAGAGAUUUGUGAACAAAAGCAGCAUCUAGACACGUGGAAUUCCUUGUGGGGUAGAGGUGGCAGUGGUGCCCCUCUUGACCCUAACAAUCAUCACAAACCUAACUUUGAGUCGUUAUUGAACAAUUCGUAUCCUGGGGAAGCGGAACCAUAUGUCAAACAUUAUACACAGGAAGUUGCUCCUAGUAAACACCGUAAUGGCUACGAACUUGAAACUAACCCGUAUAAAAUUGUUACUAAAGAUUAUGAAUUUCGUACUCCUUGGCCGGCAACAAUUUAAAGCCUUUUGCCUUGAGUCAAUCAGCAGAUAUUUGACAAUUAUUCAAAGUCAAUGUCAUGCUUUUUGUUCUUAAUGUGGUAUCCAGUGUACAAAAAUUAUAUUAUUAUAAACUGCAUCACCACGAACGUUCUGUUAAGUAGGAAAAUUAGUGUGAAACAUUUAUGAUAACAUAACAUGGUAUUUAUGUGUAGUUCAUUACGUUCACCAUGCCUGACAAUUAAUAUAUGGAGUUAUCUUAUAACUCAAGUGUCGCUUUCAGUUUAGCAAGCUAAUCACAGAAAAAUAUUUUUAUCAAAAGUUUAAUAGUUAUAAAGAUGAGAUAAAACACAAUCUUUCUUUGGAUUAGGAGAAACAUCUUGCAGAUGUCGAGACAAAGAUACCAAUAUAUCCACCAGAUAUAUACAAUAAAUUUGCUGACAUGCACAUAGCUAUCAGUGUAUUUAUUCAACAUUUCAAUCUGUUUUCUAUGCUUUAGUAAUUAAACAUUGUUCCUUGCUACAAUAAUAACAGUGUCGUCGUAUUUGAAGGGUUGUAUGCUGUUUCUUCUUCUUUUAUAAUGGAAGAAGAAUUUAGCCAAGAAAAUGUAAGUUCUGCAUUGAUAUAUUGUGAGUAUCAGUUUGUAAAUAAAACAAGGAAAGGGAAAUACUCAGUGAAAUGUCCAAUGGAAAACGAACUUUCUUUUACAUUUCUGAGUAAUCAGAAAAUGUUUUUAAGAAAAGGAUCAACCGAAACGUGUAGUAGUAUUAACAGGAAGACCGCAACGAAACUGAUAGAAACUUAUGUAAGAAACUAAGAAAAUAAAAUAUUGUAUUUCGUUUCUUGAA